UCGCCGCCCGGCUCCUCCUCCGCGCGCGGCCUGGCGGCGGCGGCCACUCUAGCCAGCGCAAGAUGUCCCUAGAACAAGAGGAGGAAACGCAACACGGGCUGCUCCUAGGAUGCAGCGACGCCGUCCCCGCCUUCAUUGAGCCCAACGUGCGCUUCUGGAUCACCACCGUGCGCCAAUCCUUUAUUCGACGAUUUCUUCAAUGGACAGAAUUAUUAGAUCCUACAAAUGUGUUCAUUUCAGUUGAAAGUAUAGAAAACUCGAGGCACCUAUUGUGCACAAAUGAAGAUGCUUCCAACCCUGCCUCGGAGGACCAAAGGAUACAAGAAGCUUGGAAGCGGAGUCUUGCCACAGUGCAUGCCGACAGCAGCAACCUGAUCCCCAAGCUUUUUCGACCUGCGGCAUUCCUGCCUUUCAUGGCGCCCACGGUAUUUUUGUCAAUGAUGCCACCAAAAGGGAUCAAGUCCGUGAUUUUACCUCAGGUUUUCCUCUAUACCUACAUGACAAUGUUCAACAGCAUCAAUGGAAACAGAAGUUAUACUUGUAAACCACUAGAAAGAUCAUUAUUAAUGGCGGAAGCCAUUGCUGCUUCAACCUUCUUAGGAGUAGUGCCUCACUUUAUCCAGAUAAAGUAUGGCCUGACUAACCCUUGGAUUAAGAGACUCUUACCUGUGGUCUUCCUCGUGCAAGCCAGUGGAAUGAAUGUCUACAUGUCCCGAAAUAUUGAAUCCAUUAAGGGGAUUGCGGUCAUGGACAAGGAAGGCAAUGUCCUGGGCCAUUCCACAAUUGCUGGGACAAAGGCUGUUAGAGAAACGGCAGUAUCCAGGACAGUGCUGUUUGGGACCUCUGCUCUGAUUCCUGAAAUCUUCACCUACUUUUUUAAAAGGACCCAGUUUUUCCUGAAAAACCCAGGGUCAUUGUGGAUCCUGAAACUGUCUUGUACUUUCCUGACAAUGGGACUGAUGGUGCCAGUUUCUUUUAGUGUAUUUCCACAGAUUGGACAGAUACAGUGCCGUAGUCAUGAAGAGAAAAUUCAGCCUUCAACAGAAGAAACAGAAAUCUUUUAUCACAGAGGGGUGUAGGCAUGAGUUUCAGGUCUGACUUUGACAUCGAUCACUCCCUCUGAGAGGCCUUCCAGGAUUGACAGCACUGAACUGGGUCCCCAUCUGUGUGCUCCGAUACCACUCUGUUUCACACAUCACGCCUAGCACUAGCCGCACGACAGCAGCCUGUUUGCUGACCCUAUUCCCCAAGCGGACUGCGCAGCACCGCGAGAGCAGGGACUGCUGCCCAUAAGGGUAGCCCAAAAUACAACACAGGCAUGGCCCAGAGUAGGUACCUCAACAUUUGAGUAUUGGACUAACGUUUUCAAUGCACCCUACCCCAAAUUACCAAAGAAUUAUCUGUGGUUUUGUUUCCCCAAGGCCAGAAUGACGGUUAAUUUCCAAAUCUGGUGAGGAGAGUUUCACAGCAGCCUAAAAGGACAAAAUCAGUAAAUGGCUCAGUCUGACCACAGGCUGACACUAACCAAAAUUAAAGUUAGAGAACAAGAUGGGCAACAGCUGCAGGUGGAGGCUUAACCACUACCAGAUGACAGAAAUGUGAAGGCACCUUCCAAGGACAGGAGACUGAAGUUACAGAGGCAGCUCCAGGAAGGCGAGUGGAGGAGGGCUAGGGCGGGAGGAAAGGGUGUGUGGCGAGGGACGGCUUGAACUUUUUUUUUUUUUUGAGACCGAGUCUCAUUUUGUUGCCCCGGCUGGAGUGCAAUGGUGCAAUCUCGGCUCACUGCAACCUCCGCCUCCCAGGUUCAGGCAAUUCUCCUGCCUCAGCCUCCUGAGUAGCUGGGAUUACAGGCACCUGCCACCACACCCAGCUAAUUUUUGUACUUUUAGUAGAGACGGGGUUUCACCACGUUGGCCAGGCUAUUCUCAAACUCAAUCUCAGGUGAUCCGCCUACCUCGGCGUCCCAAAGUGCUGGGAUUACAGGCAUGAGCCACUGCGCCCUUGGCCAUCUUGAACUUUCAGACAGGUCUUUUAAUAAUUCCCUAGUGCCCUCACAGUUUUUUUUCUCCGUUUUCUUUGGAAUGAGCAGAAUUAGAGAAAGAGGGGACAAUUUGUCACCCACCUAAAAGUAGUUGAAUAUCAAAAUAUUUCCAUUUUAUUUCUGCAUCAUAAAUUUAUAAUUUUAACAACUUUGAUCAUUAGCUAAUAUAGUAAUACAAAAAAAUGAGGAAAAAGAUAUUAGUAUUUUUCAUUUCCAUAAAGUGCAGAUUUAAUUUUCAAUUAUUUGCCUUAGUAAACAUCGUCUUAUUUCAGGUCCUCCCCUGCCCUCACUCAAAAAGGGAGGGUGUUUAAUUUUUAUUUAACAAAUAUGUAAUACCAAGAAAAAAAAGAUCCAAUAAUGUUUUUUGCAAACAUGUUUCCAGGUAAGAUUUCCAAGGACAUCAGUACUGAGUGAAAGUAAUCCCUUACAAUCAACAUGAAUGACACACUAACAAGCACGUAAUUGAGGCCUCCAUGCUGAUUUGGCAAUGUUAAGGUCUCCAGUUGUGAAAAAGGUACAUAAAUGAAUACAAACAGUUGGCUUGACAUGUGGCCAAAUUACUUUCACCAAAGUUGUUGGAAGCCUUUCUCUGGUUUUGGCCCCUGUAGGAAGUUAAUCUCAUAUUCCCUUAGCAAUAAUAUAAGGUCACUGUUUCAGUCCUACACACUGUUAUAUUCAAUGGGCUUCUUAGUUUACCACAUAAGGACUGGCACCUUUUUCAAAAGAAUAUUGCUAACAGGGUUAAAUGAGUGCUAAUGGCUGAACGUUUGCCAAAUGCUUACAUCUGUGAUAGUAUAAAUCUGGAUUAUUAAAGUUGUCUACUCAAGUAUAAAAUAUAUGCAAAACUCUCAUAAUAUAGGCAAAAUGUUCAAAAGCCGGGAAAAACCUUUUUGUUUGUUUUUUUAACUUUUACAAGAAAGUGCAACUGCAGGCUCUCUUGAAUGAUCUAGACAGUUCUGCAGAAAACUUAGCAGUUGGGCUCAGAAAGUAGAGUUCCUCAGGAGGAAUUAAAGUUCUUCCUAGAAUACAAAGGGACAUUUCAGGCAGCUUUCUGAAAGUAAACCAUUCGCUUAUGACUACACAGUGAGAAACUGGAAUGUGUAAUAAUGAAGGCUUUCGCAUUUGUCAUAAUGUGCUUUUUUUCUCUUACCCCAGGACCGCUAGCUGUUUUGUAAUGUUAUAUAAAGUAGUAACAGCACUUUGUCCAGCACUGACAGCAGGCAGGAAACUAAUCAGCUAGGAGAAAAUCAGAAGUAUGUUCAUGUGUUUCAUUGUUUUUCAGGUCAAAUCUCAAUACCUGCAAAUAAAUCAUUAAAAAUAU